AAAAUUUUGGUUACUUAUCCCUUUAUUAACAGUAUUUAUGCGUGGUUACCUCUCUCUCCCGAAAAAGCCAAAAGAAAAUUUCUUUGAGAAUCCCUCAUUUCCGUAUUAUGUGAACGAAUCCCAAACUUAAACUCAACAGAUCAUCUUUUUUUCUUAUUCUUCUUCUCUCUCUCAAUAUACCUAUAUAUAAAAUCUACCCUUUACUUUUCUCACUCUGCAAAAAAUUCCUGAUCGAAUUCCGAUCAUUUUUCUCAAAUUUAGGGUUUUUAAUUUUUCCCAUUGCUUUUGGGAAAUCCUAUCAGAUAAUUAUUGAGAUGGAAUCGGAGGAUGACUUCGACAUGCACGAUGCCAACGAUGAUGAGGACGACGACAAUGACGACCAUUUUUACAGUGGUGGAGACGAUGAUGCCGCCGCCGCUAUGGACAGCGACGACGCCGACAUCGGCGAUUACGAGUUCAUCGACAACGAUUCUGACGAUUCGGAUGAUGUUAUCACUAAUCGAUAUCAGCAAAGCUAUACUGUUUUGACUGAAGAAGAUAUUUGCCAACGUCAGGAGGAAGAUAUAAUGAGGAUUUCUACUGUGCUUUCUAUUCCAAAGGGUGCAGCUAGCAUACUACUCCGCUACUAUAAUUGGAGCGUUAGUAAAGUACAUGAUGAGUGGUUUGCAAACGAGGACAAGGUUCGGAGGGCUGUUGGCUUUCUGGAGAGACCAGCUAUUGAAUAUCCUAAUGCCAAAGAAUUGACUUGUGGGAUUUGUUUUGAAGCCCAUCCUCGUGAUAAGAUUCAUUCUGCUGCUUGUGGUCAUCCUUUCUGUAGUUUAUGCUGGACAGGUUAUAUUAGUACAUCCAUUAAUGAUGGUCCCGGAUGUUUGAUGUUGCGAUGCCCUGAUCCAUCUUGUGCUGCUGCUGUUGGUCAAGAUAUGAUCAAUGACUUAUCUUCUGAUGAAGACAAGGAGAAAUAUUGUCGUUACUUUAUUAGAUCUUAUGUUGAAGAUAAUAGGAAGACCAAAUGGUGUCCAGCUCCAGGUUGCGAUUAUGCUGUAGAUUUUGUGGUUGGUAGCGGAAGUUAUGAUGUUACUUGUCGGUGUUCAUACAGUUUUUGCUGGAAUUGUACGGAGGAAGCUCACCGGCCAGUUGAUUGUGGCACUGUUGCCAAAUGGAUUUUGAAGAAUAGUGCUGAAUCUGAAAAUAUGAAUUGGAUAUUGGCUAAUUCUAAACCCUGUCCAAAGUGCAAACGGCCGAUUGAGAAAAACCAAGGGUGUAUGCAUAUUACGUGCACUCCACCUUGUAAAUUUGAGUUUUGUUGGCUCUGCCUUGGUGCUUGGUCGGACCAUGGUGAGAGGACUGGUGGUUUCUAUGCAUGCAACCGUUACGAGACAGCAAAGCAAGAGGGAGUGUAUGAUGAGGCUGAGAAAAGAAGAGAGAUGGCCAAGAAUUCUCUAGAGAGGUAUACUCAUUAUUACGAAAGAUGGGCAACUAACCAAUCGUCUAGGCAAAAAGCACUUGCAGACUUACAGCAAAUGCAGAGCGUGCAUCUUGAAAAGCUGAGUGACAUACAGUGCCAACCUGAGUCACAGCUAAAGUUCAUAACAGAGGCCUGGCUUCAGAUUGUUGAGUGCAGGCGUGUUUUGAAAUGGACAUAUGCUUAUGGAUAUUAUUUACCGGAGCAUGAACAUGCCAAGAGACAGUUCUUUGAAUACUUGCAAGGUGAGGCUGAGUCUGGGUUGGAAAGACUUCAUCAAUGUGCUGAGAAGGAGUUACAUGUUUACCUCAAUGCAGAGGGCCAAUCAAAAGACUUUAAUGAGUUUCGCACAAAACUUGCUGGACUGACCAGUGUUACCCGAAACUACUUUGAAAAUUUAGUUCGAGCUCUAGAGAAUGGCCUAUCCGAUGUGGACUCACAUGGUGCGUGUAGCAGGACAGCAAACUCAAAGAGCUUGGGAGGUACAAGUAGUAAGGGGAAAGCCGGGAAAAGCAAGGCAACAACAUCCAAAUCAAACAGAAACAUAGAUGACACAGGCCACUGGUCUUGUGAACAUUGCACCUUUGCCAAUGUCAGAUCAGCUCCUGUCUGUCAGAUGUGCCAGCAACGCCGGUAAGUCUCUUCAUCUUUGCAAAUAGUUGGGCUGGGAGGAGCCUGAGCUUUCUUUCAAUGCUUGAUAAGUGUGGUGGAGAACUACCCUAUAAGGUUACUCGAGAGAUCCUGUUCUCGCCCGUCAUCGUCUUUCUCUGGAAUUUUGAAGGCAAAGCAUUGUGUGGUGGGGGAUAAGAAGGUUACAAAGAAAAGGAAUUAUAAAACUAUAUUUUGUCUGUCUGUUACAUGAGCUGUUGUAUAUAGUGUUGCUUGUUCAACGUAUCUUGGCUGUCUAGUUCCCAUGCAAAUGCAUAUUCACCUGUAUUUUUCUUGUUUAUUAUUUUAGUUAUUGCUAAACUGUAGCAAAAUUUGGGGCAUUUUAGGUGUGGAAGAACAAUUUGGGGGCAACGAACUGAAUUGACCUCUGCAUUUAAUGAAAUAAAUAUGUACUAAAUAUUUCAUUA